AUGAAUGAAGAUAAAAGACCUAUUGAGGGAUUGAUAACAACAAGAAAACGACAAUAUGAAUAUGAAUAUCCUGAUACUGUUAAACGUAGAGAAAUAGAAGAUAAUAAAUCAAUAUUAUCAUCAUUAGAGCAUACAAACAUACGAUUUGAUUUUGUUGAGAAUAAUUCUAUUGGAAAUGACAAUGUAUCAUGUUUAUUGGAAAAAUUAACUACAAUCAAGCAACAACUUAACGAUGUUAAAUCAUUACUUUCUGAUAAAGAUAUUAUCGAUUGGAACAGACAUACUGCUCAUAUGAAUACUGCUUCGACUAUUGUACCAUAUUUACGUGAAAAAUUAAAUAUUGAAAUUGGUACACAAGCAUGGGCAAAAAUGUAUGAAAUUUUAGCAAAUUUUGAUUUAAUUAAUUGUGAAAAUAAUCAAAAAUGGAUAACACUUCAUUUAUGUGAAGCACCUGGUGCAUUUAUUUCUGCUCUUAAUCAUUUUCUUGUUACUCAUGAAAAAACUCAAAAUAUCGAAUGGCAAUGGUUUGCUCAAACUUUAAAUCCUUAUUAUGAACAUGAUGAAUCAACGGUAGCAAUGCUUAUUGAUGAUGAUCGUCUUAUAUAUCAUACAAUUGAUGAAAAUCAUUGGGAUUUUGGAAGUGAUAAUAGUGGCAAUAUAAUGAAUCAAGAAAACAUUAAUCAUUAUAUUUCACGUUUUCAAUCCAUGGAGAUUCGUUUGAUAACAGCUGAUGGUAGUUUUGAUGUACAAAAUAAUCCAGGUGAACAAGAACUUCUUGUUUAUCCAUUAUUAAAAACUGAAGUUUAUAUUGCAUUAUCAUGUUUAAUGACACAUGGAAAUUUUAUUUUAAAAUUAUUUACUAUAUUUGAACAAGUAACAAUUGAUUUAAUUUAUUUACUCUAUCAAACAUUUCGUCAGAUAUCAAUGUUUAAACCACAAACAAGUAAAAAAGGAAAUUCUGAAAUAUAUGUCAUAUGUAUGGAUUUCAAUCAUGAUAAAUUUAAAAAUUCUUUUUCUGAUAAUCAUCAAUUAAAUUUUCAAUCAUAUUCAUUAUCAUUUCUUAAUCAACUUCUUGAAUGUUCACAAUUAUUUCAAUUCCAUCAAAUCAAUACAAUAAAACAUAAUCUUAAUUAUUUUCAUAAUCGAUAUCGACGAUUUAAUAAAAAAUUAAAUAAAAUAAAAAAUCAUAUACUUAAUACAUAUGUUGAUCAAUGUCAAAUUCGACAAUUAUUAUCAAAUGAUCGACAUUUAUUAAAAACAAAUUUAAAAUCUGAACAUAUUCAUUCAUACAAUCAUCGUAUAACUCGUACAGGUACAUUUAAUAAUCAACAUCAAAUUGAUGUUGAUACAAUUCAAAAUCAAAUUCGAAAUGGAUUUUUUUGUUUAAUAUGUUCAAAUAAUAAAAUCAAUGAUUUAUGUCAGACAUGUCAAAUAUUAUCUCAAAUAAUAAUCGAUCAAUAUAUAUCAAUUUCUCAUAUUUAUAUUGGUCAAUUAAUUGCUAAUAAAUUAAUAGUUAUUGAUUGUAUAUUUGGUAAAAAAUCGCAAAAUAUUCGAAAUUCAUGUUUUUGUAAUAGAUAUUUACUUGAAUUAUGUAGUAACAUUGAUAUUAAUACAGUUUUAUUAAAUGAAAAUGUAAUCGAUCUACAAUCGAUACGAAAUGUAUCAUCAAUAGAAAUUUCAAAUGAACAAUUUGAACAACUUCAACGAUUUGCUCGUGAUUAUCAAAUAAAUUUACAAUCCCAAAAUGGUGUUUAUUAUGUACAAUCAGCACCUAUUCUUACUCGUUUACAAGCAUCAGUUAUUUAUGUACUGACUCGUACAUUUGAACAAACAUCAGUUUAUGUUAUUCCAUCGUCAUCUCCAUAUUUACUAUUUGUUUUUGAAACAUUUCAAAAAACAAUAAAUCAUGAAUAUGAAACCAUAGAACAAAAUAUUGUAUCAUCAAAAAAUUCAACACUAUUACAAUUUGUUCAUAUUUAUCAAUUAUUAGAUCAACAUUUUGCUUUUAAUCUAAUACAAGCAAAUAAUAUAUGUUUACAAUUAAAAUAUGUCAAAUAA